AUGUCUGAUGACACAAGAAAUUUCUUUUACAAUGACCCUUUCAAUUCUUUCUCAUCUCCCUAUUACCCCAUUAUCUCACCGGAGGACAUAGAGGAUUACACGAGCUUGACAUAUUUUGGCUUUUCUUCUCCACAGAAGGAGGAAAUUAAGCCAGACAUAGAUCUUGGACCAGGCCUACGAAUCAGUGCUAACUCAUCGUCUAUGGAUCAGGGUCAGGAUCAGGAUCAUGAAGUUAAGAGCAGGAUGAAGGAAUAUGUUCGGAGAGUCUUUGAUGAUGAUCAUAAAAUUGAUGGAGGAGAUCAAAGUGCCAACAAAGUGGAGAAAGGAAUGAAAAAGAAAGAAAGAGAGGCUAGGUUUGCUUUCGUGACAAGGAGUGAGGUUGACCAUCUAGAUGAUGGUUACAAAUGGAGAAAAUAUGGACAGAAAUCAGUCAAGAAUAGCCCUUUUCCAAGGAGUUAUUACAGAUGUACGACGCAAAAGUGCGGAGUUAAGAAGCUGGUUGAGAGAUCUUACAACGAUCCAUCAACUGUGAUCACGACAUACGAGGGUCAACACAACCAUCCCUUACCGGUCUCGAGAGGCGGCUUGAUCCACACUAGCACCUUGCAACCUCCUGACCUAUUAUCACAAUCGGUUAAUCCUUCUAGGGGUAUUUUGUACGAUAAUGUUGACCUAGGAGGAACAAGCUCGACAUCGCAAUGGAAUGGAAUGUCAUCGUUUGAUCUUCAGGAACAGUUCUCUGACUUUGGUCUCCUCCAAGACAUGUUUAUUAAGAAUGAUUAG